AUGAAUGUAUUAUCUAGCCUCCUUAAUUUAGCUGCUGAGAAGAGAGUGUUCAACUUCCAUCCUAAAUGCAGGAAAGUCGGCCUCACUCACCUUUGCUUCGCAUAUGAUUUGCUUAUAUUCUGCAAAGGUUCUCUUGAGUCUGUAAUUAGUGUUCACGUUGUUCUAGAGCUUUUCUAUACCAUGUCUGGGUUAAAACUUAACGCUAGUAAAUGUGAAAUGUUCCAUGCUGGUGUUCGUAUAGACCAAUGUGCUGCCAUUCAGGAUUUGACAGGAUUUAAGCUGGGCAGCCUCCCAGUUCGUUAUCUGGGUGUUCAAUUGGUUACCAAGAAGCUCUCAGUGAAAGAUUGUCGUAGUUUAAUCGAUAAGAUUCGGGCAAAGUUGAACUCGUGGGCCAACAAACACCUUAGCUUUGCUGGGAGAAUCCAACUUAUCAGAGCUGUUCUUUUCAGCAUGGCAAGUUUCUGGUGUAGGCAGCUCAUUCUGCCCAAGAAGGUUAUUCUUUCCAUCGAGCAAUUAUGCUCCAGAUUCUUCUGGAAAGGAUCCGACGUGCCUGCUAAAGGCGCUCGUAUCAGUUGGAAGAAGAUCUGUGCUGCUAAAGCUGAAGGAGGCUUGGGGGUUCAAGCUAUGGGGAAUGGAAUAAAGCUUGCGCCGUUUUUCUUAUCAAGAAACUUUUGGCUAAUGAAGGCUCUCUUUGGGUGGCCUGGAUACAUGCCUACGUGA